GAACAAAAAGAAAAACGGGCAGAACCACGUUUGCGAAAAAUUGCACCCAAACCUUCUACCACCGCUCCUAUGAGUAUCGAAGAAAGUUCUACUCCUCUUCCCUCUAAAAGAAUUGUUAAUAAACGAUUACCCUCAGUAGUUGACAAGCUUGACCCAUAUAAUAUAGCGGAAGAUUUGUUAAGUAUGCAAGCACGUGCCACAUACGGUCAAUUGCUGCAAUAUCCCAACCAGCGCCGUAACUUAGCUAAAGCAGUAAGAAGAACAAAAGCUCCUACUACAGAAGCCAAUUACUCACAAGCUAGUGCCAAACAGAAAACUAUUGCGAUGCGUUGUCACGUGCGUAUAAAAGGGAACCCAGCAGUCGCUAUUUUGGAUUCAGGCGCUGCCGUCAGUAUCAUUACCAAUCGAUUAAUGGAAAAACUUGGUCUGGUAAUAGACAAGCCUUCUAAUACCAUAGUAAAAACAGCAAACGGAAAUAAGACUAAAGCCUUAGGAAUAGUUAGCGAAGUUCGAAUAGCUUUGCAAG